AGAGAGAGAGAGAGAGAGACUGAUGCUCGGUGAGCGCGAGCGCAUCGGGUGCACAUCAACAGGAGACUCGGACAGCGCGCGCACGCACUUCUGCGCACACGCACGCACACACGCAUAUCAUACGCGCGCGCUAGAAAUAAGCAUCAGUGCACUCAGGCAGAAGAAGAAGAAGGAGGAGGAGGAGGAGAAGGACGGAGAAGACCUCAAACUAAUUUCUUCACGCAGAGGAUUCAUCCAAGAAGCGCACGCGGCCACGCAAGAAGAUCCGCGAGAAGUUCCCUUGUGUCCGUCAGUGCGCCCCGGAGGUCACCGCCAUCUCCUGGUUCCGAGCGGUUCCAAAAUGAUGCUGGUCAUCCUGCUCCUGCUUGGGCUCACGGUUCACGGGGCCCUUACUGUGUUUUCCCAGCAACCCCAAGAUUUGGUGGUAGUUGCUGGCCAACCGGUUACUCUUCCGUGCUCCAUUCCUGGUUACCAUGGUGUUGUGCUGUGGAUCAAAGAUGGCCUGGCUUUGGGUGUUGGCCGAGACCUAUCAGGAUAUCCUCGCUACACUGUAAUUGGAGAUCACAGUUCAGGGGAACACCACCUGAGGAUCCAGAGAGUCGAGCUAGCGGAUGAUGCUGUAUUCGAAUGCCAGGCCAUCCAGGCUGCCAUGAGAUCUCGGCCUGCUCGACUCACGGUUCUAGUUCCACCAGAUAACCCAGUUAUUGAUGGAGGCCCCGUGGUGAGCCUGAGAGCAGGAGACCCACUCAACCUGACGUGUCACGCUGACAAUGCCAAGCCUGCUGCCUCUAUCAUCUGGUUGCGAAAUGGGGAGGUGCUAAAUGGAGCCAUGUACUCUAAGACUCUUCUUCGAGAUGGAAGGAAGGAGAGUACCGUCAGCACUCUGUACAUUUCACCACCUAACAUCGAGACAGGACAGACGAUCAUCUGCCGUGCGUCAAACAAAGCUGUCCCCAAUGGCAAGGAGAGCAGCGUCACCAUCGACAUCCAGCACUUACCACUGGUGAACCUCUCAGUUGAACCUCAGCCAGUGUUGGAAGGAAACCUGGUGAAGUUCCACUGCUCUGCUAAAGCCAAUCCACCAGUCACUCAGUUCAGGUGGGCCAAAGGUGGUCAUGUGAUCAAAGAAGUAUCCGGAGACACCUAUGAAGUCGUAGUGGACCACACCUUCUUCACAGAUGCCGUUUCCUGUGAGGUCACCAACCCUUUAGGAAGUACAAACAUCAGCCGCAACGUGGACGUCUACUUUGGACCUCGUAUGGCUGCUGAGCCGCAGUCCCUGCAGGUGGACCUGGGAUCGGAUGCGGUGUUUAAUUGCGCAUGGACGGGAAACCCAUCUCUCACAAUUGUGUGGAUGAAAAGAGGGUCUGGAGUGGUGCUGAGCAAUGAGAACAUCCUGACUUUAAAAUCAGUGAGGCAGGAGGAUGCUGGCAAAUACGUGUGUCGUGCUGUGGUGCCUCGAGUCGGGGCUGGAGAGAAGGAGGUCGCGCUUACAGUGAACGGGCCUCCAACCAUCUCCAGCACCCAAACACACCAGGCUCCUCAUGGAGAGAAGGGCCAGAUCAAGUGCUUCAUCCGGAGCACUCCUCCUCCCGACCGCAUUGCCUGGUCCUGGAAGGAGACAGUCCUUGAGUCGGGCACGUCCGGGCGCUACACUGUCGAGACGGUGAGCACUGAGGACGGCGUCCUUUCCACCUUGACAAUGAGCAACAUUGUUCCCGCUGACUUCCAGACCAUCUAUAACUGCACGGCUUGGAACAGCUUUGGCUCCGACACUGAAAUCAUUCGCCUCAAGGAACAAGGUGGGAUCCAAGGCGGCUAUCAUUUGUUGUCCGCAGAAUCUCUGCCCGUAGCCGUGAUUAUCGGCGUGGCGGUGGGAGCCUUCGUCGCCUUCAUCGUCCUCAUCGGAACCAUCGGGGCCUUCUGCUGCACGCGCUCUCAGAGAAAAGACGCUCACCUGGUUAUGCCCUCCCUCCCUGCGUCGAUCUGUGCUCAGCAGAGAGAACUUUCAAGCAAAAUUAAGACAGAAAACCUCAAAGGCGUCGUCUCGACGAAGAACGACAUCCGUGUGGAGAUUGUGCACAAAGACCACAAUGCCGCACGAGAAAAUGAGGACCAUGCCGCCAUGAAGCAGCUCAUGAUUGAACGGGGAGAAUUCCAGCAGGAGUCCGUUCUCAAGCAGCUUGAGGUUCUGCAGGAGGAGGAAAAAGAAUACCAGCACAUCAAGGAUCCCACCAACGGCUACUACAGCGUGAACACCUUCAAGGAGCACCACGGGACCCCCACCAUCACGCUGGCUAGCACCCAUAACUCCACUGAACUGCGGCGUGAAACCUCCACUGCCAAGCAGCGGGUACCAACAGGCAUGUCCUUCACCAAUAUCUACUCAACCAUCGGUGGUGCACCCAAUCCUCGUUUGUACGAAUACGGUGGGCGCUUCGUCCUUGGCACAGGCAGCAGCUCCAUCGAGCUGUGCGAGCGCGAGCUGCAGCAGCGUGCCUCCCUCAGCGACUCGGGUUCCUUCAUGGACACGCAGUGCGAGAGCAGCGCCAGCAGCUACGCGCACUUUGACAAGGACAGCAAGGCGUCUGCGUCGUCCUCGUCACACCACUCGCACUCGUCCUCGCAGAACUCGGACUUGACUCGACCCCUGCAGAAGCGCAUGCAGACUCAUGUGUGAUGACGUCUGCUAACCAUGUCAGGAAGCAGAUCAAGCACACAAGCUUUCCUUUUCUUAUUCUUUUUUUUCUCUCAGUAAUGUCAUCAUGAAAACCUCUUAUAGCGCAGCUUUGGAGGCACACUUUUGAAUAUAGAUAAGUCCGAUUGCCUGAACUGAAAAGCAGCGCCUCAGUGUAGUACUAGUGAGAAAUGUCUCUGCUACUGUACAGAAUGCCCCCAAACAAGAUGAAACUCUUCUGACAAGAAAAUGACAAAACACAUGCUAUUGUGUGGACAAGCAGCUCAUAAAAGAAUAGAGGCCAACAGAACAUGAACAAACUCUACAUUUUCUGUCGACACCUCCAGUCCAUGAUGCCUUUGGCAGCAUCAGAAAGACAAAAUCCUGAUUCUCUUGCUUCUCUUGCUCUCUUGUACAGUAGUCCUGUCUAAGUGAGUGUGUAUUAUUUGACAGUAACUCUUAACUCUUUUUUUUUCCUUCCUUUCCACACAGCUAUGACUUACUUCUUACUUCUGUGUGGAUGGAAACUUAUAAAAAAAAAAAACAAAACAAAAAAAAAAAACAGAUUGCCAACAGACUUAAUCACUGUCCGUCAAUAGUCUCCAGUCCUCCUGGAUCCCAGAGAUAAACCUAUAGCUCUUGGCGAUUCUACGAAUAUCUGUAGAUUAUUACAUUAUUUUUUCUUUUAUUUCCUUGCUGUCUAAUCUGAUCACAUCCUUUCUUCUCUCUUGCGUGAUUGUUGACUUUGCUGACCUUCACAUGGACUUACUGAACAAACUGCUGAUUUGACCUUUUCUAUCUACGAUGAUUUGGAUGUUUUGGCCAUAAAACGGGAAAGAAUGCGAAUGUUUAAUGGAAGAAUGUUUAGACAGUGUGUGAUUCAGUUCGUGUGAAAACCCUGUACAACCCAGUGACACGAUUUCUAUUACGAUAUACGCGAAUUACCUUUUCUGUGGCUUUUGAAGUCUUAGUAUAUAGUCACAUUGUUUACACUGGAACUGUGAUAGACUGGAACAGAUUCAUUUCUUGAAGACCGGACAGAGGGGAAAAAGCGUUCCAUCUUGCUCUCUGCAGCUUUCAGACUGCACUGCAGUACACCUGCUCACUGUUUUAAGUGAACUGUCUGCACACUUCGAUGUACCACUGAGACUCUGAUUUCAUGCUAAAUUAGUUUGUACGAUGUUUGCUCUUUUCUUUGUUUUUGUUGUUUGUUUUUUUUUCUUUCAGUCGAGAGCACUUACAGUUUCUACUAAUUACACACAAGCACCUGUACAGAUACACUGUACAUGAAAAAAGAGGCAAAAGCAGAACAGGAAGUGGUAAAAAAAAAAAAAAAAAAAAAGAUGCGCGGUGCAUGAUGCAUGCCAGGGGCAAGCAGGUGCUGUUUGGUACGAUUCCAACCUCAUCUACAUGAAAUAUAUGUAUAACAUGCACCGUUUUGCCUGCAAGGCUUCAAAUUGAAGAAUUUUCUGUUAAGAACUCCAAAUAAGGAUAACAUGGGUCAAGUUUUUCAUAUUUGUCAGCUGGCUCAAGUUCGUACAGUGAGAUUAAACUUGACAUAAAGCUAGGGGAGUGAACAACUAGUCCACAUUUUUAAAAGUAAAAAAAAAAAAAGAACGUCACUUCAGGAUAUCACUAAUUUAGGUGAUAAAGCAGUUAAUUGCUGAUUUACUCCAUUCCAUUCCGAAGAAUGCAUUAAACUGCACUUGAAACACGUGGCCACAAUUAAAAUCUGGCAAUAAAUGGCAUUUCCAAAGACAUACUCAUUUAUUUAAAAUGCAUUCAUAUAGAAAGAUGAGUGUCUCAGAGGAAAGGGUUGAUUUUAAAACUGAGAAUGCAACCGGAUAACUGGAAGUUUAUGUCCAUCAAAACUACCCCCGGGAUGUGAUGCCAAGAGCAGCCACUGGGAGGAUAUUUCAAGCGGAUGUUGGGGAGUUAAACAAUCAUGUGCAACUUUGACCCUAAUAGCACUUGAAUGGAAUUCUGGAUCAGCUUCCAAGAGUCCCAUUGGAUAGUGAUUUGCACCAUGAAAUACUGAGAACUUCCCCUUAAAACCCUGGUCAUGGGGGUAUUAAUUAUGCCACAGUAAUGAAAAAAAUAUGUAAUGUCAUAAACAAUGUGCUCUUGAAUCUGAGAAAUGGUUUCAUUAAAAGUAUAUUAACAUUUCAUCUAGUUGAUUAACUAGUUGGCAUGGUGUACAAGUUAAAGACCUCCAACAAUAGCAGCUAAUGCAUUAAAUAUACACAUCAACAAGUCAGAAAGAAUA